UGUUACUGGGAAGGGAAUGCUGUUAAAGGACUCACUGGAAAUGUGUUCUCUCUUGUCAGUGGGAGUCGAUCUUCGAAAACAUUCAAACCCAAGAAGAAUAUUCCCGAAGGCUCCCAUCAGUAUGAACUCUUGAAACAUGCAGAAGCAACUCUGGGGAGCGGUAACCUUAGACAAGCGGUUAUGUUGCCGGAGGGAGAGGACCUUAACGAGUGGAUCGCAGUUAACACGGUGGAUUUCUUCAACCAAAUCAACAUGCUGUACGGGACCAUUACGGAGUUCUGCACGGAGGCGAGCUGUCCGGUUAUGUCUGCAGGACCAAGGUACGAGUACCACUGGGCGGACGGCACCAACAUAAAGAAGCCGAUCAAGUGCUCGGCUCCAAAGUACAUCGAUUACUUGAUGACGUGGGUGCAGGACCAGCUGGAUGACGAAACGCUUUUGAAUAUCGGCGUCCCUUUUCCCAAGAACUUCAUGUCGGUGGCCAAGACGAUCCUAAAGCGGCUGUUCCGCGUGUACGCCCACAUCUACCACCAGCACUUCGAUUCCGUCAUGCGGCUGCAGGAGGAGGCCCACCUCAACACGUCCUUCAAGCACUUUAUCUUCUUUGUGCAGGAAUUCAACUUGAUCGACCGGCGGGAGUUGGCUCCUCUGCAGGAACUGAUUGAGAAGCUGGGCUCCAAGGACAGAUAAACUUUCCCUGGGGGGACCCUUCGGCCGCUCCUUUCCGCUUCGUACGCCAGCCACUUCUGCGCUUCGCCUUCAGCAACGCAAGCCCCGAGAUGCCAGACGGCGCUCCGAGCGGCAUCAGAGGCCAAGCGCCGCUUCCACCGCGCGGCAGCCGCAGACCUGCCUCGUUUCAGGAGUCGCUGGCUGCGCCGCGCCGACUCGCCCCGUGCAGCCCGCUUGGUUUUCUCGGCGACAGUGCUGGAGUCUGGCAAGAGCUGCGGUCUGGCUGAGGAUGGGAUUCGGAGCAGGUUUUGUUUCCCACGGGCGCGGGGUGAAGUUCAAGUGCUGCGCUGCUGCUUUCGGCUCCCAGAGGCAAAGGUUUCCUCUGGCUCCCACGGACACAGUGCCUGUCUGUCAGCAGCCCAGCAGGGGCCGAGCCCAGGGCGAGAGCAGAGUGGCUCAGCUUAUUUUUGGAAGUGCUUUUUUUGGAUGAGGUGCACUUAGAGCCUAAGCUCCCCUUUGGCAGCGGCGGAAAAGAAGUGCCUGACCCGAGGGGAGCCUGUCCUGGUGUUCCCAGCGUGGUGGGGGGAGGGACCCUACUUGUGUGGCAAGGCAAUAAUGAUAUACUGAUAAAUAAAGUUUCUCCUUCCUGCUCUUCUUUCAGAGGAAGAAGGGGAUGGCUUUCAUCUUCCCCCCC